CCCGACACUUGACCCUCGUUCCCCUGGUGUCUCAACUCUUUUGUGCACCUCGUUUGCACUCAGUUCCGCGAUCCACCAGCAACAGCACCAGCUGACGGCCCUGGGCAUCACCCCCCCUUGUGCUGACACUUUUUGACUUUGGCACCGCCGUACCGCAGCGCCGCAGUGCCGCAGCGCAGCGCGCCGGUGUCAGCGAACUAACUUUGCGCAUACAAACAUGCCUCGUCCAUCCUCACUGUUACCGUUCCUCUCGGCGUGACAGAGUCCAGGAGGCUCCAUUCACGACUUGACGCUGCGCGUCGACGUUCCCAUCGUUUUCACCGUUGAUCUCUCCAUCUCUCUCUCUCCACGAUGCUCGCACUCCUUCUCUUCGCCGCCGCGGCACUCGCGGCUCCCUGCGCACACCUAAACCCCAUGGGCAUGGACCUCAUCAAAGACUUCGAAGGCUUCGUGGCCUCGCCCUCCCCCGACCCCAUCGGCCACCCCACAGUGGGGUACGGACACGCGUGCGAAGCCCCGUCCUGCCACGACGUGCCCUUCGCGUUCCCGCUCUCGAAGCGCGCCGCCUCGGCCCUCCUCAAGGCCAACAUGCCCGCCGUGACAUGGUGUCUCGGCGAGGCGCUGUCCCCGGCCAGCGCACAGCCACUGAAUGACAACCAGUGGGCGGCGCUCGCGAGCUGGGCGUUCAACGAGGGUUGCGCGGCCGUCUCGUCGUCAACAUUGAUCAAGCGCCUCAACGCGGGCGAGGACCCCAACGUCGUUGCUGCAGCCGAGCUGCCAAAGUGGACGAGCGCGAAGAAUAGCGACAUUGAACUGCCGGGGUUGAGGCGGCGGCGCGCCGCCGAGCUAACUCUCUUCCGGACCGCGUCCAACAGGCAGGCCUUUCCCCAGUGCUCCUCAUAGUGUUAGGGCCGACGCGCGCGGGCGUGCUGUCGGUUUUGCAUUGUAGAAC